AGGCGUAUCGUGUCCUAAAGCCACAGGGGGAGUUGAAAAUAGCAGAAGUGGCGAGUAGAUUCUCCAAUGUCGAUGUUUUUAUCGAAGUACUUGCCGAGAUUGGAUUUAACUUCGUGAAAAAGGACGAUACAAAUAAAAUGUUUAUCAUGCUUGAUUUCAUAAAGGCUCAACCUCAAAAGCAAAGAAAAUCUCGGUUGAUUAAUGUUUCCGACUUGUUAAGACCUUGCACCUAUAAGAAACGCUAA